UUUUUUAUAUCAUUCAAUUGUGAUAAGAUCUCGAAAGAAAAAAGUUUAAGUUUUAAUAAUUCAUUUAGGAAAUAUUUUAAUAGAUUUCCUAAGUCAGCUUAAUAAAAUUAGUUCCCCUCUCGCACUUAUUUUGUUAAAAGCUGACAAAAUUGCGGCGACAAGGAUUCUAUAUGUAUAUUUUGUAUUGCGUGGAAUAUUAAGGAGUAAAGAAAAAGAAUACAUGUUAGUGAAGUGCAUAAAAAGAUCAUUUCCAGCGAACAGUUAAUCGAUCGUACUUUUAAAAAAACACACACAAAAUUCUUGCAUAAAAGAAUAUUAAGUGCACCUUACAUUAUAAUGCAAAAAGCCUGAAAAAAAGAGAAACAUAUGCGGAAAAUGUGCCCGCCAGCUACAAUAACACCCUGACUUGAAAAAUGAUCCAAUAUAAAUGCAAAUCUGAAUUAUAGUUCCUUGCAUUAUGACUUUUUCCUUUGUUUGAUAAGUACUUGUUGAUUUUUAGAACAAAGAAGGAUUUUGUGAAGGGAACAUUGGGAACUACAAUUGCCUCCUCUGUUCAUUUUUUAAGAUCUAGUCUUAAAAGAUAUUUCAAAGUUAAGUAAUGAAUACCUACUUAUUUAUAUAACUGCUAUUAUACAAUAAUUAUCAAGCACAAUAUUAUCAAAGGUGCAGAAGAAGAAAGGAAAAGAGAUGAAACAGGCUGGAGGUCUGGCCGAGGGUUAAAAGUCCUUGCUAAGGACAGGACAAAUAGGCGAGCUUGUGUGGAGGCCUUUUGCGUAACAAGGCACGAAUAGGAAAGGUAAGAGCUGUGUACUUCUACAAAAUCCAUUAUAUCUCAGGUAUCCCUCGCGCUCGGCCCAGGCCGUAACAUUUACACCAUUCAAGAAAACAACAAGCAUUCUCAUUUUGAACUUGGCCCACGUCUGCCUUACGUCACGCAGGUCAUAGUAUGAAAGGUAUGACGGUGGAUAUAGCCCUCAUUGCUUGCUUGCUACAUGUCUUGUCUGUUGUAGGAGGUCUCAACACUACAGCGCGGACGGCCUCAACAAGUGUUGGUCCCACAAGUCAAGCUGAUCAAGUAUCGUGUUCAUUCAAUGAUUGGGCGUUUUGUGGAUGGAAGCCGCUCAUCGACAAAAACUUCACAUUCAAAUGGGAAAUAUCAAACAGGUUCGGGAACCAAGAAACUGGACCUAUUAUGCUUUUAAACGGAACCUACAUUUUGAUGAGAAGCGAAAAAAAGCCACCUGGUCAGAAAGCGGGUCUAGAAGUAAGCUUUACAUCUGGAAAGGAAGGCUGUUUUGAAUUCAGCUAUUUCAUGCGUGGAGAAGAUAUUGAACGGCUAACAGUCUACAUGGAUGGAGAUGCGAUCUUCAAUCUGUCUGGUCCUCAAAGGGUCCGUUGGCUUUCCGCCAGAGGGAAUUUACCGGCAAAAUCGCCGUCCAAGCUUUCCCAGCUCUUUAUCGAGGGAGUCGUGGGCAUUGGUCCUAGAGGGGAUAUAGCAAUUGAUCAGAUUACCUGGAGACCCGGCCACCUUUGCAACACGGUAUGCCCCGAAGUUAAUAUCCUCAACGGCAAAGUAUGUGAUAAAGCCCCACCAGGGACAACAUGCAGCGCGCAAUGCCUGGAUGGUUAUACGCUGUACACGGCUUCCCCUCAUUGCCUUGCUUUGGGCACGUGGUCAGUGACACCUGUCUGCAUUCCUAAAGAUAUAGAUUCUCGUGUUGAUUGCGAUUUCGAAUACGGCACGUGUGGGUGGAGCAGGGCGGCGUCUGGGUGGACCCAUCAUCGCGGUAGAGCGUCCACUUAUGAGACGGGGCCGACACGUGAUCAUACGCCUAGUGAAGGAGGCAGAGGGAGCUACUUCUACACAAACUCCACUAAGAAGCCACCAGGGUACAAGGCUAUUACGAAAGCAAGGAACAGGAAGAAAAUAUGCCUCAAAUUUGCAUAUCUCAUGCGCGGAAGUGGUGUUGGCCGGCUUAACAUGUACAUUGACGGGACAAUGGUGUUUAGUGCGGUUGGAGAACAAGGGAAAAAUGGCAAGGUCUGGGAGGAAUCGAAAUGGUUUAGGAUUAAUCAGGGCGUGAUAAAGUUCGAGGCUAUUGUCGGCAAUAUGGACGUUGGUGAUAUCGCAAUAGACGACAUUAUGGUCAAUGAUACAUGCAGUGACGUUUCAGCAAUGUCGACUACACCACUUUGGUCAACUGCCUCCACUCCUAUAGCCACUAUGCACAAGAGCACACCGCCAGCAACCACUAAAACGUCCAAGAAUAAAGGAGCAAGUAGCCAGACGGCUACGAUCGCUGGCGGAUCAGUGGGAGGGAUAGUCGCUCUUCUUUUCAUCGUCUGCAUUGUAGUCGUCUGCGUUAGAAAAAGAAGAUCUAGGGGAAAAGAUGGCGUUGAUGGGGAGGUUGGAGAAACCAACCCAGCAGUGGACGGCAAAGGUCUGGAUCAGCCAAUGGAACUUGCAGACCCUUGGGAAGUCUCCCCAACUCAGGUGACCUUUCAAGAUGAUCUUGGCCAGGGAGCGUUUGGGAGGGUCUACAAGGCAGAGCUACGACACCUUCCACCAGCGCUGAACAAAGCCUCAAUGCGAGGGUUAUCGAUAAAGAAGAACAAAGGAAACUCAUAUAUUGUCGCCGUUAAAACAAUCCAUGACACUGCAGGUCCUGAGCAGGGGGAAGAGUUUCUCAAGGAGAUAAGUCUGAUGAAGAAGCUUGGAUCGCACAAAAACAUCGUGAAUUUUCUUUGCUGUUCCACCGUAAAGGAGCCAUUUAUGCUGGUGGUGGAGUUUCUUCCUAAAGGCGACCUUCUCGACUAUCUAAGGAGAAACAGAUCAAAGAUAAGCGGAUUUGAGGGUAGAGAGAAUGCGCCGGCGUACCUAGGUGUAAGAGAUGCUCUGGCCAGGGGAAGUCACAAGCGCUAUGUGGACCUUCACAAGCAAAAUGACGAGACAGGCGAAGAGGAAGACGAGAUGAUCACACCGCAGGACUUGCUCUCGUUUUCGUACCAGAUAGCGGCUGGAAUGGAAUACUUGUCCAAGAAAGGAUUCGUUCACCGUGACCUUGCGGCUCGUAAUGUACUCGUUGCCGAUAACAAACAAGUCAAAGUCGCUGACUUCGGGCUAACACGUGACCUGUACGAGGAAGGCGCCUAUCAAGGCCAUAGUAACCGGAAACUCCCCAUCAAAUGGAUGUCACCCGAGGCGAUAUAUGACCAGAUAUUCACCACUGAGAGUGAUGUAUGGUCAUAUGGAGUCGUUCUAUGGGAAAUUGCUACUCUUGGUGGUGCCCCAUAUCCGACCAUCUCCACUCGUGACGUAUUCGUCAUGUUACGGAGCGGCUACCGAAUGGAAAAGCCCGACAUCUGCUCUGACGAAGUGUACACGAUCAUGAAACAUUGUUGGGAAGACCAGCCUAAGAAAAGACCGACAUUUAGCGAUCUUCGCAUGAAAUUUGAGUAUAUGCUUGAGGCAGACAAUCCUUACCUGGAUCUAUCAGAAAUAGACGAAACCAAAGACUAUUAUUUAGUGCCGUCGUUCAACAGCGCCAUGGAGACCUCGGCAGACAACUUAGAACCGAAGGCGUGAGACAAGGAAAAGUCCUUUUAUACAGCCAUUUCAAAAAAGGUUGCACUCGAGAAUUCAUGUGUCGUAACCCGCGGUGCUUCAUGGGUCGCGUAUAAACGGCUGAAUCCUUGUAUCUGAAAGCUGUGGGAAUGUCCAUAAGAACAUAAACAAGAUUUCUAUAGCUUUUAAAACCUGUAUUUGUUCUUUAUUUGCGCUUAUUUUCUUAUUUACUUGAUUCCCAUGAACACUUCGGGUUACGAUGCACAGAUUUUCGGAGUGCGCCACGCAGAACUCGUGACGAGUGAAGUAUGCACAGGGGUAUGUACAGACGAGGUCUUAAGGCAUGGCUAAAGAUUAAAAAAAUGUUUGUCAACCAUUGAAAUAAAACUCUGGCGCGAGCAUGUUUUUGCAGGUCGCUAAACACAAAAGCGCUCGCACUUUUUUCGUUAUGAUUACGCCAGAAAUCAAAGUGGCGCCAUGGGAAUUUCGAGCUGUUAUUGGAUUAAAAGCACGAAGCGCGAUGGCGCAAUGUUUUGUGUGAUGAGUGGCUAAACGAUAAAACAUGAACGUUCAACGUAAAUGUUUCAUGAAAAUCUUUUGUUCUCGUUCAAACAUCUGCACGUGUUGUGGAAGCCAAUUUAGUGCCAUGUUUUGUGGGUGAACAUUUGCGUCAAACGCAAUGUUUGACAAAUAUGUUUGAAUGCUUAGCCAGGCUUUUAGGGAAUGUUAAUUGCUUAUGUAAGCACCAUGCACUUAGAACUCAAUACUUUAAGAUUUUCAUGACGGUUAAAAAAAGUGAAAUAUACAGUUUUACAUAGCGCUUUUACAGUAAAAACAAUGUUCUAAGAGCUUUACAUUAAGGCCACGAAUUCCAUCCUGGAAUCGAGGAUCUGAUCUGCUUAUACAUUUAAUGAUGAUGCUGUAAAUAUAAUGAUACCAAAUUUAAAAAAAUAUAGGACUAUAGUGUG